ACUUUUCUGAGUAUGUUCACUAGCUGGCAAACACAUAUCUGUCACUUUCGAAAAGAGAGAAUGAAGAGGAGAUGGACUGAUUGUUGUUUACAAAAUAUCGAAUUGAUGUCAAAAAUCAUACCCAACUAAAUGGCAGAUAAAUGCCCUGGAAUCUAUUGUGGACGCUUGAAACUAGAGAAUGAUACUUGGAGCGACUGUGGUGCGUGUCCACGCGGCUACCAAGUCGAUGAGAGUCGAUGUAUUCCGUGUACAGACACUCCGACUCAAUACGAUUGGUUGUAUUUGGGAUUCAUGGCUUUGAUGCCUUUGAUAGGCUCAUGGUUCUUCAUUGAUAUGGUGUCGAAGGAACAAUCAUUCACAAAAGGGCAAUUGAUUUUACACUUCAGUGCUCUAAUGGAAGUGGUUGUUUCAGCGAUUGUUACGUUGUUCAUCUAUGAGCCAGUCUUUUCGUUUGUCAUACACUCAUGCCAGGUGAAGAAAUUGUCAGACUGGUACACGUUGUUUCACAAUCCUAGUCCGAAUUACGGAGAAAAGUUGUAUUGCACACAAGAAGCCGUUUUCCCAUUGCAAACAAUGGUGUUAGUGUUCUACCUGCUAUGCAUUGUUUCCAUGAUGAUGAUUCGACCAUGUUUGAACAAAAUAUUUCUCAAAAAAGGAAAAACUGCUAUUUACUGUUCACUUUACUUCAUACCAGUACUGUCUUUACUCCAUACCGUCGCUGGAGGUCUGAUUUAUUAUUCCUUUCCAUAUUUGAGUGUUAUUAUCUCAAUGAUAUCAAACGCGGUUCAUUUCUCUCUCAAAUUGGAUCAGAGUAUGAAAUCGUUGGUUUUAUCGUCGGUAAAGGAAAUGAAAAAUACUGUCGUCAUAGUCGGACAUUGGUUGCUUCUAGCCUAUGGAAUCAUUUCAUUGGAUCAACAUCUUGCCUUUCUAGCAUUCGUGCCAUUUCCAGCAAUCUUUUAUAUCAUCACCGUUAAGUUUACCGACCCUGGCGAAUUUCACAUUCGAGAAGAGCGUAGUAGUUAGAGUACAUACUAGAAUGAAUAGUGUAAAGUAAUAAUUUAUGUUUAAUAUACGAGCCGUGACUUAGAGUUA